UACAUAACCACUUCUUACAAGGAAAUAAGUCUUGCUUGUUCCAUGAGUAAACCCAAGUCUCCCUUUGUUCUCACUCAAAGAACCAACCCCCAAAACCACUAGUACUAAACCAAAAUCCCUUAUCCUCUCUUCUCCAAAUCCCAAAACCCAAUUCUCAAAAGAUGGCCACUUUGCAACCCCAAGUGCAGCAAGUUCCUCAGCCUCAACAACAACAACAACAACCAGUUUUGGUUUAUCCAGUCACAAAGCAACCUGUGCCUGAGUCCACUCACCAUUCAAGUGGGUCAUUUGGGACAGUCUUCAUUGUCUUAGCCGUGAUUGUUGUCAUAUCAGGUAUUGCUUGCUGUCUUGGCAGGCUUUGCAAUCGUAAAGCCCAUAAACAUAGCCCAACAAAGCCCCAUAAGUCUCAAAAGUCUCGGCCCAAAGGUGGGGAGCCUGACUCCAGGAAUCGGAACUUUCAGCCCAAAGAUGGAGAUCCACAUUUUCAGCCCAAACAAGGUGAUAUUGAGUUUGGUAAAAGUAGCUUUGGGCCCAAAGAAGGAUACGUCGAAUCGUUCGGAAACCGUAGCUUUAGGUCCAAAGAUGGAGACAGAGAUCCCGAGUUUGGGAAUCCACAUUUUCAGCCCAAACAAGGAGAGACUGAGUUUAUGAAGAAUAGCUAUGGGCCUGGGCCUGGGCCUGCACUUGGGCCCAGAGAAGGUUAUGUUGAAACGUUUGGGAACCGUAGCACUCGGUCCAAAGAUGGGGAUUUCGAGUUUGGGUUCGAUAAGAAAAAUCCAAACCAUGGAAAACAAAAUGGUAACAGAGACAGUAGCAGAGGCCACAAGCCGUACGAACAUGGGGAAGUGAAGUACCAUGGUCAUGGUCAUGGUCAUGGAGGGCACAUGGGCCCAUAAAUCAUAUAUAUAUAUGCACCAUAUUGAUCAACUCUUUAGGAUUAGCUGGCUGGAUUAAUAUCUCAAAAUCCUUGUCUUUUAUUCUUUUUUAUUUUAUUAUUCUUAAUUUUCUUUUACAUAUAUAUGGUCUUUUGAAGUUCACUUGUGUAUUUUUAGAUUGAAACUAAACUUGCUAUGUAAGUAUCAAUUGUUAACGAAAUGUUUUCGUGAACCACAAAGAUAUUGAAAUAACAUAAAUGUUUAGUAAAAAGACAUUAUUAUAA